AUGGAAGUGCAAGAAGCCACGCGUCCUGCAGAACCCCAACUCGCCGCACACCUUCUCCGCGAAGAGGAGGUCGCUGGUUUGAUAAAGGAGUUCUUCAGCACUGAUCCGGUGAAGACACGGGAUACGGAUAGAUGGAUUCAGACGGGCGUGGAGAGUUUGGAUAGGGCGCUUGAUGGGGGUGUAGAGGUUGGGAGGGCGGUUGGGGUUUGGGGAGAUGAGGGUGCAGGUGCGAUCUGCAGGAUGCUACUUGCCGAUUCCCUACUCAAGCAUGAAGGUUCCAUGGCUGCGGUCAUUGACACAACGGGAAACUUUGACGUGUUGGCACUGUAUAGGGUUAUCCUUGCGCGGUUGCAGAACAGCCAUGCCACCCUGUCCUCCCUCUGCUCUUCCCUGCACGACGUCCAGCUCGACGCCAGUGCAGAAGACAUUGCAACCAAACUCCUCGAUCGAGUCAAGAUGAUGCGCGUCUUUGACUUUGUAGGCGUCAAGGAAGCCGUCGAUGAAAUCAGAGAUGAACUCGAAGGUCGAUGUCAAAGACCAGCGGUGACGUUAAAAGGGGAUGAGCAGCAAGUAACCGAGACUGUGGUGGCGGCAGAGGAGCAUACACCUAACAUUACCGCACAACCCUCCAAACGAACAGUCGUUGCUGACAGCGAGGACGAAGCAUCGGACGAGGAAAUGCUUUUCAAUGACGCGGCAAACGCGCCUAUCCUUGAUCCUACCCCUUUGUCACACUCCGCAGCUCCAGCUCCAGCUCCGACUCCUGCAACACCACCACUACCACACCAACACCAACCCAAACCUGCCUUCCUCCUCCUCACAAACCUCGCUCAAACCCUCACACCCCUCUUCCUAUCUUCGCCACCCGCACUGACGUCCCCUUACUAUUAG